CUCUAUUGCUGGAGUGCACCGAUAUUACUUUCUUGUAAACAAAACUAUCUUGACAAACACUGCUUCGCCAUUUAUCAAAAGUGUUCGCUACGAGAAAUAUUCCUCGUUGGAUUGGUUGUUGACCUGCGAAAUGCUCCGUACUUAGACGAGUGCUGCCGACGGGAGACGAUGCUGAGGAAUAUGGCAGCGACGUUGGGAGGUAUUCGUGCCGUGACUUCAAGAUUUCUGGUUCCAAUUUGUUAUGGGCAGGCCAGAAAUUUUGCUGCGCGAAAGGGAACUCGCGAAAAAGCAAGAAAAAAGAAAGUUAAAGUGGAGAUCAAAAAAGUUGCAUGGGUUCCGCCAAAGCUGAGGGAAAAGAAAGAUAAAUUGCCACUUAUUUCUAAACGUCUGAACGACAGCCACAAGCCAGUUUCCAGUGACGAUGUGUGGAUUGGCAGGUAUUAUCAGUGGAGGGUAUACGACUUUGUUGAAGCUGUACAGUGUCAUCGAGAAACCCACCACCCAACAAUGUACAAUGUUCCAGAUGCACCACUCUUCGCCUUUAUUGAACUGGACAUGUCCACAGACAAGAAAACAAAAUUUGUUGAUAACUUUACCAGAGUUGCUGGUAUUCCACAUCCAUUUGAACAUGGCGAAGACAGAUCUGUCAUAGUUUUUGCAAAGACACAAGAAGAACAAAAGAUUGCCCUUGAAGCCGGAGCAACAGUGGCUGGUGGAAUGGAGCUCAUCACAGAUAUACAGAAUGGUAAUUUGUCCAUGCAAGAUUUCAAGUACGCAGUUGCUCAUCCGAGUAUCCUACCUGAGUUAGCAUCUGUCAGAGGACUCUUUAGGCGGAAAUUUCCAAACAUUAAGAAUGGUACUCUUGGGCCAGAUAUAGCAGAGAUUGUUAAAAGAUUUGCACAUGGGAUUUGCUAUACAGCUUCAAGAGAUGAACGUGAACUGGAUUAUGGUACAAUAGAAGCACAGAUUGGAAUUCUGACAAUGGAUCCAAAGCAUUUGGAAGAAAAUUUUGCUGCGCUUCUACAAGAUGUUCAUGCUGCACGAACUCGCAAAAAAGCAAAUUUUAUUACAAGGACUCUUCUUACCAGUCCCCCAUCUCGAGAACGGUUUAAGAUUGAUCAUGGACUAUAUGUUGAAGUCUUCAGGGAUGUAAGAGAAGAAGAAUCAGAAGCUAAAACAGAAGAGGAGUUUGAAGAAGCUGAUGUGAAACAAAGCACUGCUACAGGAUGAUGUGUAUACUGUUGUUUGUCAGUAAGAUAAACAAUUUUUUUGCCUUAUGGAAAACAGCGUACAGAGUUUCUCGGAGAUAAUUCGCCCUUUAAUUCUGAUAUCAUUUCAGCAUUUCUGAACUGGCCAAAUUUUUCAAUUAUGAUUUUUGUAAUUUAUUUUUUCCAUUUUUUCAACAUGUUUACUAAAUUACAUUAGUCAUAGAAAAUAAUCAGCUUUUGAAAGCAUAAUGUAAUUGGAUGGAUAAAAAAUAUGCUCACCAAGAGGUAGGAGAAAAAUCAUAUAACAGGUAAUUACA